UAAUCCUCGAAAAACCCCCCUAUCAAAAAUAUGAAGUUAUUUCCCAGUCGAAAAAGAAAUUAACAUUUCACACGUAGCGAUUAUAAUAUAAUUCACAAACUCACAAAUAAAUCAGUUUAUAUUACAAGCCAAACCCCACCAUCGCAAUGGUGUACCCUGACACUUUCGAAGGAUUCCAGAUUGAUGGUCCAGAUACUUGGACAGAGUUUCAGAAGCGUCCGUUUCAACCCAAGCCGUUUGGUGACUACGACGUUGAGAUCCGCAUAUCGGCCUGCGGUGUAUGCAGCAGUGACAUCCACACGAUAAAUGGUGGAUGGGGGGAGCGUCCCUUCCCUCUAUGUGUCGGCCAUGAAAUCGUUGGCACGGCCAUCCGAGUUGGACCCAAAGUAACUCUCAUCGAGCACGGCCAGCGCGUGGGCGUUGGCGCGCAAUGCCUCUCCUGUCUCGAAUGCAAGCAAUGCAAGAACGGCAACGAAGUUUAUUGCCUCAAACAAGUCUCGACGUACGGCAAGAAAUACCCCGGCACAGACAUCACCACUCAAGGGGGCUAUGCAUCGCACAUUCGCGCGCAUGAGUACUUUGUCUUUCCUAUCCCAGAGAAGCUGGACACCGCGCAGGCCGCGCCCAUGUUAUGCGCCGGAAUCACUGCGUACUCGCCUCUCGUCCGCCAUGGCUGUGCGCCAGGGAGCAAAGUCGGCAUUGUCGGACUCGGCGGCAUCGGCCACUUUGCCGUCAUGUUUGCCAAGGCCCUCGGGGCCGAAGUCUGGGUCAUCUCACGGACCCGCGCCAAGGAGGAAGACGCACGCAAAUUAGGCGCGGACGGCUUCAUCGCUACAUGCGAAGAAGAAUGGAACGAGCCGCAUCGUAUGACUUUUGACCUUGUUCUGAAUACGGCGAACUCGUCAAAGGGCUUCGACCUGAAUCGCUAUCUGAGCUUGCUUGACGUGCACAAGCGGUUCAUUAGCGUGGGACUGCCAGAGGGAUCGGGCAACGAGAUCCAUGCCAAGCAGCUUCUCGGAAACGGCGUGCUUAUGGGCGCCAGUCACCUUGGAAAUCGCCAGGAAAUGCUGGAGAUGCUGCAGUUGGCUGCGGAUAAGGGAGUCAAAGGGUGGAUCGAGGAGAUACCCAUCUCGGAGGAUGGCUUGAAGCUGGCUGUGACGAGACUGCAUGAUAAUGACGUCCGGUAUCGUUUCGUACUGACAGAGUACUGGAGGGCAUUUGGUAUCACCAUGAAAGAGUUGGCGCUGGCAUGUACUUCGUGUCACUAGACUGACAGACUUAUAUUAAAGCUACCUGUCAGUAUUAUGUGUAUUAAUGAGCAGAGAUGAUGUAUAGACACGGUCUGGAGCAUGAUGGGGAGUUUGUCGGCAAGGCAUGAUAUGAGAGUAAUGAGGCGCAAGCGGGGUCGAAAAGAGAGCCAUUCUUUGCAUCAUGAAUUUUAAUCGAGUAUACCUAGAUUGUUGGAGAGAGAUUACACGCAUAGAUACAGGAUUAUAGCAUGAUAAGCUUCAAUGCAACUUUGA